ACGUUGUUCAGAAUAUCACGCGGUACAAAAAUUAGUCCGAAACAUUUGGAUUGGACAGAGGAUUGGGAGCGAUUCAUUGGUCUCCUCCACGGCCACACAAUUAUUAUCACACACUUUAACAAGUUCACAGCAAAACCCUGUUUCAAAUUGUCUGAACUGAACCUCCUCCAUCGAUUCUUUAUCUUCCCCCUCCAUCGAUUCUUCUAUGGCGUCUAUGUCUAGGUUUGUUGCCAAAGAUUGCAGAUUGCAGCCUCACGAUGCUCUUUACAGGCCAACUACUUGCUUACCUGCAAGGAAGCUUCAAACCCAUUUGUAUCUAAAAUGUGCAUUUGGUGUUGAGAAUGGGAAAAGUUGUUUGGCAAUCCAUUGUAAUCCACGGCGUCCAAUUGUUGCUCUGUCUGGCCCUACCUCAAUGCUUCAGCCUUCAAGGAAUUAUCAAGUAGUGUGCAAGGCAGCAACAAAUGCAUCUGGAGAUGUUCCUGGUAGAGCUCCUAGUGGAAUGAGCCAAUAUGAAAGAAUAAUUGAAAUGCUUACAACUCUUUUUCCUGUUUGGGUCAUAUUGGGUACAAUCAUUGGCAUCUAUAAACCUGCCGCGGUGGCUUGGUUACACACAGACCUUUUCACUGUUGGCUUGGGUUUUCUUAUGCUUUCAAUGGGAUUGACAUUGACUUUUGAGGAUUUCAGACGAUGCCUACGAAACCCAUGUACUGUGGGUGUAGGAUUUCUUGCUCAAUACUUGAUAAAGCCCAUGUUAGGGUUCUUUAUCGCAUUGACUUUGAAGCUCUCUGCACCCCUCGCAACUGGUCUUAUUUUGGUUUCUUGCUGCCCUGGAGGCCAGGCAUCAAAUGUUGCUACAUAUAUUUCAAAGGGAAAUGUAGCGCUCUCAGUACUUAUGACAACGUGUUCAACCAUUGGGGCUAUUGUUAUGACACCACUCCUCACUAAGCUUCUUGCAGGUCAGCUUGUUCCAGUUGAUGCAGUAGGUCUAGCCAUCAGUACUUUUCAGGUUGUUUUAGUGCCAACAAUUGUUGGAGUGAUGUUAAAUGAAUUCUUCCCCAAAUUCACUUCAAAGAUAGUCACGUUAACGCCUUUAGUUGGAGUUAUUCUUACCACCCUGCUUUGUGCAAGCCCAAUUGGACAAGUUUCAGAUGUCUUGAAAGCUCAGGGAGCACAAUUAUUAUUGCCAGUGGCCCUCCUACAUGGUGCCGCAUUUGCUAUUGGUUAUUUGAUUUCAAAAAUAUCAUUUGGUGAAUCAACUUCUCGUACAAUUUCAAUAGAAUGUGGGAUGCAGAGCUCUGCACUUGGAUUUUUACUUGCUCAAAAACAUUUCACCAAUCCUCUAGUGGCAGUCCCUUCUGCUGUGAGCGUUGUUUGCAUGGCGCUUGGUGGGAGCGCUCUUGCUGUCUUUUGGAGGAACAACCCAAUUCCUGUUGACGACAAGGAUGAUUUCAAGGAAUGAAAAGUCUUUCUCUUCUUGCUUGUUACUGCCGUGUUGCCUAGACUGUUGUCAGUUUCAGAGUAUCUUCCUCCAAAGUUUAGCAUCCUUACCCUCUCAGAACUUGAAUGGCUUUUGAUUUGUCGCAUCCCAAGAAAUCUUCUCAAAUUUACUGCCACUGAGAGUUGAAAUUUCAUCAGUUGGUCCGAUGAGAAGUUUCUGGAAGGGCGGGGUAGGUCAUGUAAGCGUGGUAGUGAACGAGGAAGAUGAAUGAACAGGGCAUUACCAGUGCACUAAAAUGUGUUAUGUUAUACCGACCAAUGAAAUGAAUACCUUAAUCAAUUUAAUUAUUUUCCUAGAACCAUCAGAUCCAUUGAGAUAUGCUGAUAACACCUACUGAGAUGAGAGUAGUUCACCUAGAGGGUUCCAUGCUUGGUCCAAGAUGGAUUUUUUGACCUGUAAUCGCAACAACCGAAAUGCAAGAGCUCCGACGAAUGAAAACGUUGUUUUCUUCUUCAUCCUAUGUUGUCUUGAUUUUGAUGAAGUGAAUGGAUUUUCCGAGCCAAGUUGGAGAUGAACCGCCAGAGGAAAUUGAUCUGUCCGAUCAAGAGCUACGCGUCUUCAUGAGGCCACAUUAACACCUAUAAUUUGGUGUGAUGUUGCACUAAAGAUUUAUGAUUUUUCUUUUUUAACUAUUAGGACAUGUUUGGGACCAUCAUGUACGGUUUUGGUGUGUUUUGGAUUGUGAUGUUUGGAUUUGAGUUUGGUGUUUGGUUGUCAUAUCUGAAGAUAUGAUUCUUCUCUUGUUCUAUAUUUAUGUUUACUUGUUAUUGAGCUAGGUUAGUGAUUUUUUA